AAGUACUCUUUUUCUUCAUCGGUUUCAGACCAAGUGCGACUUUUCGGUAUCUUUUCCAGCCAAAAAGAAAUUUUGAUUUGUUGCAACAACAAACUAUCUUUGAGGAAAUUCUGCAGAGAAAAGCUAGCUUGGUCGGUGCUCAACUCGUCCUGCGCUUCGGUUGCCUCGUUCUGAUUUUAAGCUAAGAGCAAGACAGUGACAGUUUCGGUGCGUAGACAUUGAAGAAAGUGCUUUCGGAUUUCGGUCAUCGUCCGCUCGAAUCUGACUCGUUAUCGUACUCAAUCAAUCGUGCGCACUCGACAUCGUGAUUGUGUCGCCCCUUUGUGCCCUACCCACCUUCGUUUUCGUUAUCGUUACGUACUCGAGUAAGUACUUACUUACUUGCAUUCCUUCCGUAUUGGCAUCUAAUCGCUCCAAAUAACAGGACCACCUCCCUAGCUGUACCAUUAUUUCCAACUACAUUUAUUGUGUUUUGAUGCUAUUUCGCGCUUGCAACAAGGGCCAUCAUGUUGGAUCAGUCCUGCAGUUGAGUACGGCGCGCUAGCGCGACGAGAAGAACCUGAGUUGACUUUCAGCCCGCUUUUCGGAAGAUGGGUGCCGCUUGUUGCUGUGGCGAAGAGGAGAAGCCGACCCCCCAGGCUCCUCCACCAAAAGCUCCUUCCGAGAGGAAACCCUCCGAGAAGAAAUCAAGCGUCAAUGCCGGGCCACCCGGGGAGGAAACUCCAGGGGAGCCGCAGGAGAAGCCAAAGAAGGAAAGCAUGGUUUUCCACUCAGAAGGUAGUACUUCUUUUUACCACUGGACAUCAUAUAAUCUUUUGCUUUAGGUUUAUUAUGUCGGGUCUUCGUCUUCUUAGAACUAGAAGUGUGUCAGGAGCGUACGAUAUUGCUGCAGCGAAAGGAGAAGUAGCUAGCUCGUUUCAGUAGAGAUGCAUUUGCAUGCCUUGAGUUGUCAUACAAAAUCAAAAUCAUUCUCUUCUGCACUGUUUUCCCCAGGUGGCGACGACGCGGAGAAGUUUGACGCAGCCUUCCGAGGCAACAACAUCGAGUCCCUCAUCGCUCUGAUGGACAGCAACGAGAAGAUAGAAACGGACGAACAGAUGCACCAGUGGGCCAAGAACCCCCGGACCAUAGGCGCGCUGGCCGGAACCCAGUUGGCCAUCAAGGGCGCCGUCACCGCGGAGUCGGCGACCGAACUGCAACCCUACGACCCGGAAAUGAAAAACAAAAUCAGAACAAUGGGUACGAUACUUGUUUUCAAUGCUUUUCGCUCUUCUUGUGCUUGUGCGUGCUUCGUUCUUGGUCUCCGUCAUCCACUUUGUAGCAAAAUCUGUGGUCAAGAUGGUACACUGCAGUGGGAGGUCUCUUGCGCUUACAAAAAAACCGAAUCGAAAAGAAUAAAAAGAAAUGGAUUAACAACAACAUCAAAGAAACGUAUUACUAUGAACAACAGGUGGCAUAACGAAGUUUGUGGACUUCCUGAACAGCGGGCAAGAGGACCGCAUACACACCGCGGUUGUCGCUUUGUCCUUCCUGUGCAUUGAAAGCCCGCUGAACGCCCAGGCUGCGUUCGACGCAGGUGCCAUGACACCCCUCGUCCCCCUGAUGCUCUCCCCCGUGGAAGGCUUAGCCUGUGCCGCCGCAUCCAUUCUGCGAAACAUCAUUCUCGAAGACGAUAUCGCGAAACAAAAGCUCUGCUCGCUCGGCGGCGUGGAGGGAUUCGUAUAUUUUUUUUGCUUGACUGUCAAUCUGAAUUCCUUAUCUUAUCACAGCAGGCAAAAUGACAAUUCUUUAAACGCCCUAAAUGACUUCGUCGCUUAACUUUAUCAGUGUCUUUUCAAAUAAACCUUCUGCUUCUCAGGUAAAACUGCUCGAGUUGCCGAAGGGGUACAAAGACCUCGGCACUGAAGACCUGCAGCGAAUGCUUGACCUGAAACUGGAGGCCCUGCUCACCAUCUGCGAAUUCAUGGAAGAGCCCACGGAGGAACGCCGGAUUGUUAGAGAGUACUCUAGUUUUUCUUGAUUUGUGGUUGUCGCUAGGGGAGAAAUGUGUAGUGGUACAACACGUACGCUAACAUCAAGCUGAAGAGCUCGACUUGUCGUUGUUAUGAAUUUUAAUCACGUACACGACAACAUGAAACCCCUGCAGGUACGCCAAAUUAGUCCACGACGCCGGCGCACGAGAGAAGAUAAAAGCCCUGUUUCAGUUCAACGACCGCGAGCUGGAAGACGUGGCGGACGACAUUCUUCAAUCAAUCGAGGAGGCUGGACAUUAAAACGAAACACAAGGAGGCGCGUGACCGUUCCAAAAAUAUUUCGCACUACGAGGAAAAGUGAAAUUAAGUACUCUGCUGCCCAUAGAUUUAGACGAACCACCCCCGGGGGUUCUUCACUAUGGACAUGUUGUAUCAUCUGCUCGUCCACAACUCCACUGUAAAUUAGCAUUUGUAAGAACAAUCUUUUUAUAUCUGUACAAGCACAACAUAACGUAGGUCUUUAAUGUCACUCAUUCAUUGUAAUUGCUCUGUUCUGUACUUCUACAUGACGACCACGACCCGCUUUACAUGGUUUCAUAGGUCUAUAUCCAAUUGGUGAGGCCCCGCAUGCACUAUUGUAAAGCUUCGCACUCCUUCUGUUUUUCUGACAAAAUUAGUCCGACCCUUUAUUUGCGUUCACUUUGACUCUGUAUCUCAAUUGUUUUUUCGUACUGGCUUUUGCCGUCGUGUCACGAGCAGCUGAAUCCCAAUCCCAAUCCCAAUCGAUAAUGUGAAUAUAUUUCACUGGACCCGCACCUGCUGGCUCUUUUCAUCAUGGUAUAGUCAACGCGAGAGAACUAAAUAUUUUUCCAAG